AUGCGCUACGUUGGCAAGCUGCAGAACGGCUCGAUCUUUGACUCGAACACGAAGGGCAAGCCGUUCUCGUUCCGCCUCGGCAAGGGCGAGGUAAUCAAGGGGUGGGACGAGGGUGUCAAGGGCAUGCAAGUCGGCAGCGAGCGCCGUCUCACCUGCCCUCCGCAUCUCGCAUACGGCAAGACGAAGCUUCCCGGUAUUCCGGCGAACUCGACACUCAUCUUUGACGUGAAGCUGCUCGAGAUUAAGUAG